CAUGAGCUCUGCAGUCACGUGACCAGUCAGCUGAUCUCCAGCACAUCCGCCUGAUCUGCUUGUGUUUACAAAUCAGCAGACUGUCCCGAAACACCAGAAUGAGGAUCCCUGCAUGAUCCGAACAGAAACUUCCUGUUCUUCUGAGUCGUGACUGAGGAGGGUCCCAAAGCUGUGAAAUCAUGCAGCACCCCAAUUUUGAGACUCGACACCCGCUCCAGACAGAGGAGCAGCAGGAGACGGGUUUUGAUCCGCUUCACAACUUCAACAAGAAUCGCAGCAGAGGAUCUCUUGAAAGCAGCUCAAACUCACAGUGUCAGUCCACCUUCCAUUCUUACAGGAAAGAAUGGGAUGACUUGUUCCUGAACAGUAAUUACCUGGCCAGGAUCCGACAGGCUGGCAUCAGCGGGCGACUGAGGAGCAGCCGCUUCCGAAGUGUGUGCUGGAAGAUAUACCUGGAGGUUCUUCCUGAAAAUAAGGGGCAGUGGAUCAACAGGACCAAGGAGCUGCGGGCCCAGUAUGAGAAGAUCAAAGAGACACAUAUCACUAACCCCCGCAAGGCGGCCGGCCAGCAGGACCUGGUGGUCAACAACCCUCUGUCUCAGGAUGAAGGGAGCUUGUGGAACAAGUUCUUCCAGGAUAAAGAGCUGAAGGGGAUGAUCAAGCAGGAUGUGUUUAGAACAUUCCCUGAGAUCCGAUACUUCCAGGAUGAGGAUGUGAGGACCAAGCUGACAGACAUUCUUUUCUGUUAUGCCAGAGAAAACGAGCAGUUACUGUAUAAACAGGGGAUGCACGAGCUGCUGGCUCCCAUCGUGUUUGUGCUGCACUGCGACCAUCAGGCCUUCCAGCACGCCAGCGAGACCUCCAGCCCGAGUGAGGAGAUGAAGUGUCUGCUGAACCCGGCGUACCUGGAGCACGAUGCUUAUGCCAUGUUCUCACACCUGAUGGACACAGCAGAGCCGUGGUUCUCCAGCUUUGAGAGGGAAGUGAGGAAGGGGAAGGAGGAGAUGCUGACCAGCAUCCCCUUCGCACGGCCCCAGGACUCUGGGCCGUCUGUUGCCAUUGUGACCAAAGUCAACCGUAUCCAGGACCAGCUGGUGAAGAAGCACGACGUAGAACUGCACAUGCACCUAAACCGGCUGGAGAUUGCCCCCCAAAUCUAUGGCAUCCGCUGGGUCCGCCUGCUGUUUGGCCGUGAGUUUCCUCUUCAGGACCUUCUGGUGGUGUGGGAUGCUCUUUUUGCUGACAGCAUCACCCUGGACCUGGUGGACUACAUCUUCGUGGCCAUGCUGCUCUACAUCCGAGAUGCUUUAAUUGCUAGUAACUUCCAGACCUGCCUGGGUCUGCUGAUGCACUACCCUCCAACAGGCGAUAUCAAUGCUUUGCUGCAGAAGGCUCUGUUCCUCCGAGAUCCAAAAAACAACCCUCGCCCAGUCAACUAUCAGUUCCAACAGAACCUGGAUUACUAUAAAACCAGAGGAGCCGACCUCAUGAACAAGAGCCGAGCUGGCUCUGGGACCAAAGCUGCUCCCAUCAACAUCAACAAGGUGUCCAGCAGCCUGCUGAGCUUCGGCAGGAAGCUCAUCUCUCCGGCCGUGUCUGGCGUCUCUGGAGGUGUCUCCCCCAUCAACAGCGAGGUGUAUGCCUCCUCUACUUCACCCACAUCCACGUCUUUCCCCUCAGCAGCUGUACCCAUUCUCCCUGAUCCUCCCACUGCAGCGCCGACACAAAGCCAACCUCACAAUUACCGCCUGCUUAAGUCUGAGAGCAUGCCGGCCCACCUCAGCAAAGAUGGAGUUUCAGGUGGAGUUUCUCUCCCAACACAGACUCAGACUGACGCACAAGGCCAAAGCUCCAGGACAGUUAGCUCCUCCCCCAGCACAGAGAGCCUCUCUGGUGGGCGUGGUCAGUCCAAUGCCUCCCCACCUCCACCUCCCUCCAGAGGGAGUGAUGUCAGCUCCUCAUCACCUCCUCUCUCUGCCACAAAGAAGGAAUCUUUCUUCACCAUCACCCGCUCUCGCUCCCACAGUAAAAGCAUGGGCAGGAGGGAGACGGAGGAGGACCUGGAAGCUCAGGUGUCUUUCCUGCAGGGUCAGAUCAAUGACCUGGAGGCCAUGAGCAAGUACUGUGCCAAGAUGAUGAACACACACAUCUUUAAAAUCCAGGAAGUGAUUCUUCAGGAAAAUCUGGGUAAAGAGGAUGAAGUAUUGGUCUCACUGGCUGGACUUAAACAGAUCAAAGACAUCCUAAAGGGGGCGCUGCGCUUCAAUCAGAGUCAGCUGGAGGCCGAGGAGAACGAAGAAAUCACCAUCGCAGACGAUCACUACACCUCUUCAGCGUCAGCGGCCAAGUCCACCCUGAGCUCCGUCAACCAUUACAGCAAGAAGCAAGCAGGAGGAGCCGGGAGGCCGAGCCGGGACUCCGACCUGGACGGGAGCAUGAGCACGGACGAGAGGGAGGAGGAGCUGGCGGCAACGCCACCCAACCAACAGGUGGUGUCCUCUCUUGGCUCGGAGGGGAAGAACUGGGACGAUUACAUCCUGGUGUCCCAGGACGAAGACCUUCUGGCUGACGCCAGAGACACGGGGUCUGUGUCUGACCGCUUAUUUCCCAUCCGGAGAGGGCCUGGCGUGGUGCGACUGGAGCCAGAGGGUGCCUCUGGGACGUUUCACGACCCACUGUUGAUGGCCGGCACCACCUCAGGCUCCUCCAGCCCAGAGGAAGGCUCCACCCACAGCAAAGACUCCGACUUUACCAUUGUUAACCCAAACGACCUGUGAAUUAGUCCCUUGCUCCUGUUCUCCUCCUCUUCUGUUUCCAUUCUUGGUGGUCUAAAAGAAAACGGACCUCAGAGGGAGGUGGAAGCAGCUGCUUUUGAUGGCACACCCCUAAAACUGCUGUUAAAAUUGCACAUUUGGACCGUGACGCCAGAAGUCAUUGAAACCUUCUCCUCCGUCUCUUUAAAUGUCCCGUGUGCCACGUCUAAACCAUGUCCCAUCUUACGUGUGGGUCCCUUGGCUUUCCCUUGUAAUGCUUGUUGUAGUUCCUCCUCUGCUGAUAGGGGGCGCCAUUCAACUGUGUCACUACAUCUAAAGGAUUAGAGCCUGUCCGCUUGAGUGUGUGUGUGUGUACGAGUGUGCAUGUGUGACCUCUGAGCGGCCAUCGUCUUGUCUGCUUCUCUUCUCUGAUACUGUAAAGAAGAAAGGAGGACGUUUUCCUGUCACCGUCGAGGGAAGCGUCCUCUAAAACCAGUGCCUCUGACCAUUCUUCUCAACCCUGUGAUCUUAUUCUUUGGUUGGUUGGUUUGUUUGUUUUUUGUUGCUGGUAGCUCGAUAAUUUUUUUUUAUCUUUAGUUUCCCAUUUUCCAAGGUAAAUCGAUUAAAUAAUCAAGGAUGUUUCUCUAAGAAUAUUUUAAUGUAAGUGUUCGGUUCUCAUGUAGAAAUGAGUUUUUCUCUUGUUCUGUGGAAAUUGUGAGGCAGCAGCCCAAUUAGCGUAAUUAAUCCUAAAUCAAUAAAACACAUUGCUCUUACUACA